UUAUAUCCAGUGAGGGGCAGUGUUGGUUUAACAUUGCAUUUUGUCCCUUGCUCAACCAUCCUCUGUCAAAUUUCUUGCCAAUCCUAUUCUCUUUCAACAGGGCUGGUGCAGUUGGACGAGGGCAGGAAGAUCGUGUUUGCUCCAGGCCAGUCUAUUCCCCUGACAAUUGUCAAAUCGGAUGGAGGCUACACUUACGAUACCUCCGAUCUAGCUGCCAUCAAAAACAGGCUGUUUGAUGAGAAAGCUGACAUCAUCAUCUAUGUGACUGACAGUGGCCAGGCAAUGCACUUCCAAGUGGUCUUUGCUGCUGCUCAGCUGAUAGGCUGGUAUGACCCUAAAGUCAUACGGGUAGAACAUGCAGGUUUUGGUGUGGUGCUCGGGGAGGACAAGAAAAAGUUUAAGACUCGUUCAGGGGACACGGUUCGUCUUAUGGACCUUCUUGAGGAGGGUCUGAAAAGAUCCAUGGACAAACUGAAAGAGAAGGGGAGAGAUAAGGUCCUGACCCCGGAGGAGCUGGUGAAGGCUCAGCGUGCUGUGGCUUUUGGAUGCAUUAAAUAUGCAGACCUUUCACACAACCGCAUCAAUGACUAUGUUUUUUCCUUCGACAAAAUGCUGGAUGACAGGGGAAACACUGCGGCCUAUCUUCUCUAUGCCUUUACACGCAUCAGGUCUAUAGCUAGACUGGCUAACAUCCAGGUGGUCUCCUUGCGCACAGCAGCCGAGACCACAGAGGUCCUACUGGACCAUGAGAAAGAGUGGAAACUGGGUAAAUGCAUCCUGCGCUUCCCUGAGAUUCUGCAAAAGAUCACAGAUGACCUAUUGCUCCACACAUUGUGUGACUACCUCUAUGAGCUGGCCACUACCUUUACAGAGUUCUAUGACAGCUGCUACUGUGUGGAGAAGGACCGCCAGACAGGGGAAGUGGUCAAAGUCAACAUGUGGAGGAUGCUCCUCUGUGAAGCCACCGCAGCAGUGAUGGCCAAAGGUUUUGAUAUUUUGGGUAUCAAUCCAGUUGAGAGGAUGUAAACUGGUCUAUGCCUUUUUCCUCUGAACAGGAGUCCUUUUUGGUGUCUUGAGGGAUUCUUAUAUCAAAUAAAAUUCAUAUAACUGUCCAUAACAAAAGCUUUGACUUACGUGUAAUUUUUCCUCAUGUAAAUGUCAGUACCAUCUGACUCCUGAAAACAACUAUAAAGUCUCUUCUUCCCUUAA